AUGACUAGUGCCAUCUCAGCAAUCACACCCAUUGCGGCCCGAGAGCAGGUCUUUGAUAGAGAGUUAUGUACCUUUGCUAUAUGUGACAUCUCUCUUUCGUGGUAUAAGUACCGGCCAUCAUUGCCGGCAAAUGCGACAUUUACAGCUCUGUUUUUUAUCUCUGCUGUCACUUUCAUAAUCCAAGGACUUGCAACGAGACGAUUUCUGGGCUUCACCAUUGCCAUGAUCCUGGGAACCCUAGGCGAGACGAUUGGAUAUAUAGGUAGAAUUAUGAUGUGGGAUAAUCCAUGGAAACAGAUUCCAUUUAUGAUUCAGAUAUGCUGCCUUACUCUUGCGCCUGCGUUCCUUGCUGCUGGUAUAUACUUUACCUUAUCCCGGAUCGUGACUGCUUUUGGCCCCGAAAACUCCCGAAUCCGCCCACGAUGGUAUCCCCGACUUUUUAUUCCUUGCGAUAUCCUUGCACUGGCCCUCCAAGGUGCCGGCGGUGGAAUUGCCAGCACCGCGGGUGACAAUGACCGGACGCAAGCUGACUUAGGGAAAGACAUUAUGGUGGCUGGCCUUGUGAUUCAGGUCAUUACGUUGACUAUAUUCAUGGGACUGGUUGCGGACUUCGCUUUUCGAACCCACAAUCGCAUCCGUGCCUUGGGGAAUGCUGCACUAGAUCCAAAUUAUUCCCAUCUUCGAUCAUCCUCCCAGUUCAAACUCUUUCUGCUGUCUCUAGCAGGAUCGACAGUUUGCAUAUAUGUACGAAGUAUAUAUCGAAUUGCGGAAUUGUCUGAAGGAUGGGAUGGACCGCUGCUAUCCAACGAAGGAUUGUUUAUUGGAAUGGAGAGCGUGUUUGUGGUCAUUUCUGUUUUUCUUCUGAAUGCAUUCCAUCCUAGCAGAUGUUUCAGGGCUGGAUUUGACAAAGGCCAGUAA